CUGCUACGGCCCAGCUCCCCGUUCCCCCGCAGUCCCGUCUGCUGGCUGCUCCGCGAGACCGCGACCGCACCGUUCCCCCUCGGUCUGGCGGUGCUCCCCGGCCUCGGCCGCCGUGCUGCUGUCGUCGGCCCCUGCCUCCGCUGCGCCGCCGAGACCGAGGAACGCCGACUCCCGCAGCUGCUCUGCGCCCCACUGCUUCUCGCCGACGCGGCGACGUGCCGCAGCCAGGCUGCUGCUUCGCUUCGCCCCGGGUAAAUUCUUGACCAGGUAUUGUCUUCCUUCCACUGUUGAUCAGGUCGUGGGAGGCAUAGAUGAAUCAAACCACUGAUUUGGAAUAUUGUUGUCCCGUCUGAAAGUUAUCUUACGGAGAAGGGCCUAUUAAGUUGAGUUUCUGCAUUUCCUUCAAGAUCCUAUUGUUACCUUAAGAAUAACAGUGGGUGCUCCAAUAUGUCUAUGCACCCUAUGUCGCUCUCCUUACAACCCUUCACUGCAAAUUCAAUAAACAAAUAUUCUUUAAGGAGCACUAGUGCAAAUUAUGACCGUGGUUUUAUAAAGUUGGUGCCAAUUGGAAGAAGUAGUGGACAUUGGGCCACAAAUUUCAGACCAAAUUCUGUGUCUAGGCCUGAAACUUCUGUAGGACAUGAUUGUGUAGUGGGAGAGAAUGAUGGUGUGAUCAUAGUUGAUCACGGAUCACGUCGACAAGAAUCUAAUCUCAUGCUACAUGAUUUUUUUAGCAUGUUCAAGGCCAGGACUUGCUACAAGAUUGUUGGGCCUGCUCACAUGGAGCUGGCUGAGCCUACUAUUAAGGAAGCACUUGGAAAAUGUGUGCAGCAGGGAGCAUCUCGCGUUAUUGUCAGUCCAUAUUUCCUUUCCCCUGGGCGACACUGGAAGCAAGAUAUCCCUUCUUUAGCAUCAGAAGCCUCUAAAGAGCACUCAAGCGUACCCUACAUCAUCACGGCUCCUCUUGGAUUACAUGAGCUUAUGGUGAUCAAUCACCUGAGCCGCCGUCGACGACGAGGGGACGCUACUGACGUGGUCAGAACCCAGGAUUAUUAACAAAUAAGCACUAAAGCUUGCUGAGUUAAACCCGAGCCUGGGCCUCCAUACCGGCGGCGUCGCGGCGCGGACGACUCCGCUAGGCCAUUGCACGUCCAACUCCUCGCAGUCUUUCUCGCUCGGAAGCACUGAAUCGAACAGCAGCCCAAUCAAAUCAACACAUCUUGAGAUCGAGAGGGUAUUUUGAUACAGAGGCAGUACAGAAG